AACGCCAACCAGGCACCUCUAUGGCCAAUUCCAACAACUUCCCUUCAAGUUCAGCUGGCAUCAGCAAGGAACUGAUUGAUCUGCAGCCCCUAAUCCAGUUCCCAGAGGAAGUUGCCAGCAUCCUGACAGAGCAGGAACAGAAUAUUUACCGAAGGGUCCUGCCAGUUGACUACCUUUGUUUCUUAACCCGAGACUUGGGCACCCCGGAAUGCCAAAGGUCCCUGCCCUGCCUCAAAUCAUCCAUCUCAGCCUCAAUUCUCACCACUCAGAAUGGAGAGCACAAUGCCCUUGAGAAUCUAGUGACGAGAUUUAAUGAGGUGAGCUCCUGGGUCACAUGGCUGAUCCUCACGGCGGGCUCCAUGGAGGAGAAGCGGGAAGUCUUCUCACAUUUGGUGCACGUUGCCAAAUGCUGCUGGAACAUGGGCAACUACAACGCCGUUAUGGAGUUCUUGGCCGGCCUCAGGUCAAGAAAAGUUUUAAAAAUGUGGCAGUUCAUGGACCAGUCUGACAUUGAGACCAUGCGGAGCCUGAAGGAUGCCAUGGCUCAGCAUGAGUCUUCCUUGGAGUACAGGAAGGUGGUGACUCGGGCACUGCACAUCCCUGGCUGCAAGGUGGUUCCGUUCUGUGGGGUGUUCCUGAAGGAGCUCUGUGAAGUUCUUGAUGGAGCCGCUGGACUCCUGAAGCUUUGCCCACGGUACAACUCCCAAGACGAAGCUUUAGAGUUUGUGGCAGAUUACAGUGGACAAGAUAAUUUCUUACAACGAGUAGGACAGAAUGGUUUAAGGAAUUCCGAGAAGGAGUCCACUGUCAACAGCAUCUUUCAGAUCAUCAGGAGCUGCAGCCGAAGUCUGGAGACAGAGGAGGAAGACAGCCCCAGCGAAGGGGACAGCUCUAGGAAAAACUCCUUGAAGGAUAAAACCCGCUGGCAGUUUAUAAUUGGAGAUUUGCUGGAUUCAGAAAAUGACAUCCUCGAGCAAUCCAAAGAAUGUGACCCUCGUGGGUCAGAAGAGUCACAGAAGGCCUUUGACCAUGGGACGGAACUCAUCCCAUGGUACGUGCUGUCCAUCCAAGCCGAUGUGCACCAGUUCCUGCUGCAGGGAGCCACAGUCAUCCACUAUGAUCAGGACUCACACCUCUCUGCCCGCUGCUUCCUCCAGCUGCAGCCUGACAAUAGCACUUUGACCUGGACAAAGCCCCCCACCGCCUCCCCAGCCAGUGCUAAAGCCAAACUUGGUGUGCUUAGUAAUACGACUGAGCCUGGCAAGUUCCCAUUACUGGGCAAUGCUGGGUUAAGUGGCCUGGUGGAGGGGGUCUUGGAUCUGUUCUCAGCGAAGGCUGUGUACAUGGGACACCCUGGCAUUGAUAUACACACUGUGUGUGUUCAGAACAAACUGGGGAGCUUGUUUCUGUCAGAGACUGGUGUGACACUGCUAUAUGGGCUUCAGACCACGGACAAUAGAUUAUUGCACUUUGUGGCACCAAAACACACAGCUAAAAUGCUCUUCAGUGGUUUAUUGGAACUCACUAACGCCGUGAGAAAGAUGAGGAGGUUCCCUGACCAAAGACAGCAGUGGCUGCGGAAACAGUAUGUCAGCCUCUAUCAGGAAGAUGGUCGGUAUGAAGGUCCAACUUUGGCUCACGCUGUGGAGUUGUUUGGUGGCAGACGAUGGAGUACCCGAAACCCCAGCCCUGGGACAUCAGCAAAGAAUUCUGAGAAGCCCAAUGUGCAGAGAAACAACACCCUGGGCAUAAACACCACCAAGAAAAAGAAGAAAAUCCUCCUGAGGGGAGAAAGUGGAGAGGCCACUGACGAUGAGAUGGUGACCCGAAAAGCCAAAGUGUACAAAGAAUGUCGAAGCCGGAGUGGUUCUGAUCCUCAAGACAUUAAUGAACAGGAAGAAUCAGAGGCAAAUGCCAUCGCUAGCCCUCCCAACCCUCUCCCUUCGAGAAGAGCCCACUCUUUGACCACAGCUGGGUCACCCAACUUGGCUUCUGGGACAUCAUCCCCCAUCAGGCCAGUCUCCUCCCCUGUGCUGUCUUCUUCAAACAAGAGUCUGUCCAGUGCCUGGAGUAGCAGCAGCUGGCAUGGGCGGGUCAAAGGAGGAAUGAAGGGGUUCCAGAGCUUCAUGGUUUCAGACAGCAAUAUGAGUUUUGUUGAAUUUGUUGAGCUGUUCAAAUCAUUCAGUGUAAGGAGCCGCAAGGACCUGAAGGAUCUCUUUGACAUCUACUCUGUACCCUGCAACAGAUCAGGCUCUGAGUCAGCCCCCCUCUACACCAACCUGACAAUUGAGGAAAACAACAGUGACCUUCAGCCUGACCUAGAUUUGUUGACCAGAAAUGUCUCAGACUUGGGGUUGUUCAUUAAGAGUAAACAGCAGCUCUCAGACAACCAGAGGCAGAUAUCUGAUGCUAUUGCUGCUGCAAGUAUCGUGACAAAUGGCACUGGAAUCGAGAGCACGUCCCUGGGCAUAUUUGGGGUUGGCAUACUCCAGCUCAACGACUUCCUGGUGAAUUGCCAAGGAGAGCACUGCACAUACGAUGAAAUCCUCAGCAUCAUCCAGAAAUUUGAGCCUAGCAUCAGUAUGUGUCAUCAAGGGCUAAUGUCAUUUGAAGGAUUUGCAAGGUUUCUGAUGGAUAAAGAUAAUUUUGCCUCAAAAAAUGAUGAGUCACAGGAGAACAUGAAAGAAUUGCAGCUACCCCUCUCCUACUAUUACAUUGAGUCUUCACACAAUACCUACCUCACAGGCCAUCAGCUCAAAGGAGAAUCCUCAGUAGAACUCUACAGCCAGGUCCUCUUGCAAGGCUGCAGGAGUGUAGAGCUGGACUGCUGGGAUGGAGAUGAUGGGAUGCCCAUUAUUUAUCAUGGACAUACACUGACAACCAAGAUCUCCUUCAAGGAAGUGGUUGAAGCCAUUGACCGCAGUGCCUUCAUCACCUCUGACCUCCCAAUCAUCAUAUCUAUUGAGAACCACUGUUCAUUGCCUCAACAACGAAAAAUGGCAGAAAUUUUCAAGACUGUGUUUGGAGAGAAGUUGGUGGCUAAAUUCCUAUUUGAGACUGAUUUCUCAGAUGAUCCAAUGCUUCCCUCACCAGACCAACUUAGAAAGAAAGUGCUGCUUAAAAAUAAGAAGCUGAAGGCCCAUCAGACACCAGUUGAUAUCUUAAAGCAAAAGGCACAUCAGUUAGCAUCCAUGCAAGCGCAAGCUUAUAAUGGUGGCAAUGCCAAUCCACCACCUGCCAAUAACGAGGAGGAGGAAGAUGAAGAAGAUGAAUAUGAUUAUGACUAUGAAUCUCUUUCUGAUGACAACAUUCUGGAAGACAGGCCUGAAAAUAAAUCAUGUACUGACAAGCUUCAGUUUGAGUAUAAUGAAGAAAUCCCCAAGAGGAUAAAGAAAGCAGAUAACUCUGCUUGCAACAAAGGAAAGGUUUAUGACAUGGAACUGGGAGAAGAAUUUUAUCUUCCUCAGAAUAAGAAAGAAAGCAGACAGAUUGCACCAGAGCUUUCUGACCUUGUCAUCUAUUGCCAAGCAGUAAAGUUUCCAGGCCUGUCAACUCUAAAUUCAUCUGGCUCUAGCAGAGGAAAAGAAAGGAAAAGCAGGAAGUCCAUUUUUGGCAACAAUGCUGGCAGAAUGAGCCCAGGGGAGGCGGCCUCAUUUAACAAAACAUCUGGAAAAAGUUCUUCCGAAGGAAUUCGACAGACCUGGGAGGAUUGUCCUUCCCCUCUCAACCCGACCACCUCCCUCAGCGCUAUCAUUAGAACCCCCAAAUGCUAUCAUAUCUCAUCACUGAACGAAAAUGCUGGCAAACGUCUGUGUCGCAGGUAUUCUCAGAAGCUGAUCCAGCACACGGCCUGCCAGCUGCUGAGGACUUACCCAGCUGCCACCCGCAUCGACUCAUCCAACCCCAGCCCCCUCAUGUUUUGGCUCCAUGGGAUACAGCUCGUGGCACUCAACUACCAGACAGAUGAUCUCCCUUUACAUUUAAAUGCUGCAAUGUUUGAGGCUAAUGGUGGCUGUGGUUAUGUUUUGAAACCCCCAGUUCUGUGGGAUAAGAACUGUCCCAUGUAUCAGAAGUUUUCUCCACUGGAAAGAGAGCUGGAAAACAUGGACCCUGCCAUCUAUUCCUUAACUAUUGUCUCUGGCCAAAAUGUGUGCCCUAGUAACAGCACGGGAAGCCCGUGCAUUGAAGUUGACGUCCUAGGCAUGCCCCUGGACAGCUGCCAUUUCCGUACGAAGCCCAUCCAUCGAAACACACUGAACCCUAUGUGGAAUGAACAGUUUCUGUUCCGGGUUCACUUUGAAGAUCUUGUAUUUCUUCGUUUUGCAGUUGUGGAAAACAACAGUUCAGUGGUAACUGCUCAGAGAAUCAUUCCACUCAAGGCAUUAAAACGAGGAUAUCGACAUCUUCAGCUGCGAAAUCUCCACAAUGAAGUCUUAGAAAUCUCUAGUCUAUUCAUAAACAGCAGAAGAAUGGAAGAAAUUUCUUCUGGCGGUACCAUGCCAGCCUCUUUGAUGUUUAAUACAGAAGAGAGAAGAUGUUUCCAGACUCACAGAGUCACAGUGCAUGGGGUCCCAGGUCCAGAGCCCUUUGCUGUUUUCACUAUAAAUGGAGGCACCAAAGCAAAGCAGCUUCUCCAACAGAUUCUGAUGUCUGAACAAGAGACCAAACCUAUUGCCACAGACUAUUUUUUGAUGGAAGAAAAGCAUUUAAUAUCUAAAGAAAAGAACGAGUGCAGGAAGCAACCAUUCCAGAGAGCCAUUGGUCCAGAAGAAGAGGUCAUGCAGAUUUUAAGCAGUUGGUUUCCAGAAGAAGGAUAUGUGGGCAGAAUUGUCUUAAAAUCCCAGCAGGAAACCUUAGAAGAAAAAAGCAUUGUUCAGGAUGACAGAGAGGUGAACUUGAGCUCGGAAGAGGAGAGUUUCUUUGUACAUGUGCACGAUGUUUCUCCAGAACAACCGCGAACGGUCAUCAAAGCACCCCGUGUCAGCACUGCACAGGAUGUCAUUCAGCAGACCUUAUGCAAAGCCAAAUAUUCCUAUAGCAUCCUGAGCAACCCCAACCCAGGUGACUAUGUGCUUUUGGAAGAGGUGGUAAAAGACACACCCAACAAGAAGUCUUCCACCCCAAAGUCCUCACAGAGGGUCCUUUUGGAUCAGGAGUGUGUGUUUCAAGCCCAAAGCAAGUGGAAAGGUGCAGGAAAAUUCAUCCUUAAGCUAAAGGAGCAGGUGCAGGCAUCCCGUGAAGAUAAAAGAAGAGGCAUCUCUUUUGCAAGUGAACUCAAGAAGCUCACCAAAUCAACUAAACAGCCCCGAGGAUUCAUAUCAUCUCCUCAGUUUAUGGCCUCAGAAAGUGUCCAAAACAAGGAGGAGAAACCUGUGGGAGUCUUGUCCUCCAGUGACACAAUGGAUUAUCGACAGUGACCAAGGACAGCAUGCUUUACACAGGUGAAGAUCUUUUGGCAAGAAGUUAAAAGUCAAGAAGGAACAUGGUGGAAAGAAAUAUAAUUUAUUUUCAUUAGGUUUAAACUGGAAAUUGAUAACUUCUAAUCUGCGGCCUUCUUCACACAGGAUGAAAUCCAUGCUAAUGACAAGCAAAAUGGCACAGGGCUAGCUAUCAACCAAUUUGCUGAGGAACAAUGCAAAGAAACCCAGGGGUUUGCCAUUGUACAGUUGUCAUAAGUUGUAAAAAAAAAAAAAAAGAACUAAGCUUGUAAUAACUGAUUUAGAAGAAGGGUCAGCAAAUUUGUCUGUAAAAGGCCAGAGAGUAAAUAUUUUAGAGUUGAAGCCAUAUGGUCUCUGUUGCAACUACUCAGUUCUGCUGUUAUAAACAGCAAAAGCAGCCCUAGACAAUAGGUACAUGAAUGAAUGUGUACUCCAAUAAAACUUUAUUUAUGGACACUGAAAUUGGAAUUUCAUAACUUUCCAUAUCACAAAUAUUCUUUUGAUUUUUUUUCAACCACUUAAAAGUACAAAAACUGUUCUUAGUUCUAGGACCAUACAAAAACAGAUAGCAAGCAGGAGUUUGCCAGUUUGCCAACCCAACUUAUAGAACAGGGAACAAGACGAACAGAGAUCUGAAAAACAAGAAAACUAGACAUACAUUUUGUGGCUAAAAAAUGGAAAAGGUUUUGGGCAUUGCAAAUGUAAAUAUGUCCUAUAACAUAAGAUUCAACUUAGUUCCUACAUUGUGCAUCAUAGUGCACUCUUCUUCAGGAUUUCUUUUUACAUAUAGAAAUGGUGUUUUUUAAAAGGUUAUUGCUCAUAUAUUCACAGAUUAUCCCAUUUUUAGUUUUCACAAAUUGAAUUUAGAAUGAUGUAUAAUUUAAUGUCCUGAGUUGUGAUGUCUUAAUAAGAAACCUAAUCAUUUUUAAGAGUAAAAAUAGACAGAGUUGGUGUUUAAGGUAGAUUUAUUUAUUUUGCAAGGUUUGUACUGACACUUUACUUAUAUAUUUAUUAGUCAUAGCUUUCUUGAUAUUAAUAUGGAUUUGCAGCAUGGAUGGUUCUAUCCCACUAUUUGAAGACAAACCUCCAAAAAAUAAAAUGCUUUGAACAUCUAAAAUGGGCUAGACUUUCAUGUAAAAAAGCUUCAUCUUCAUUUCUGAUUAACUAGAGCUACUGAUCCAAGUCAUACUUAAAACCUUACUACACAAAACUAUCAAAAAAGUGUAAUGGAUUUUUCUCAUUCUUGGUAUAAAGCAAAUUAUAACUUUUAAAAUUGAAAUGUGUUCAUCUAAAGUAAACCCAAAUUUUUCUUUAUAUUGGUCCAUUCAGUUUUAAUAUCUUUUUCUUCAAAUUAUAAAACACACUAAAACUCCUAACCUUUGCUUUGAGACUUUCUUUUACCAAUUAUAACGAAUGAAACAAUCCCCAUGUGAUUUGUUUUGCAUAUUCUGAAAUGUAAGUGUCAAAAAUACACCACCCAGCUUUCAUGUUAUUGUAAGUUCUUACCAAGAGAAUUCAGCCUAUUCCUGUUUGACAGUUUGUGCAGUGCUACAGGUUUCCUUUUAAGUCAAAUAAUCUGUGACAAAUGUUGUCAAGCCUCAUAAACUAAUAGGUCAAGUGGUGUGGCUUACCCAUGAUUGAAAAUUGAAUUACUGGUCUAAAUGACUAAAGUCAAAAUGAAAAAUGCAGAAUAAUGACAUGCAAAACAAGACUGUCCCUCAAGGCUUAUGAUUUGACUUUGAUGUUUGCUAAGCUAUACACUCUACUCCCAUGGUCUUUAAGAUAGUUGAUUUGGUAACCUGAAACAGACCCAAGACUGAAUGUGAAUCCAGCUUAUUGCUGUUUCAUCCCGACUUGGUUGUGAAUCACAUUUUGAGGUUAAAGUACAUGCUCUAUUGUAAUUGAGUCUUUGAGAUUUUAGGAACAAUACUCUACAUAAAAAUAUAGUCUACUACAGUAAUAUGUCACUUAAUGAUAGGGAUGCAUUCUGAGAAAUUCACUUAAGCAAUUUCAUUGUGCGAACAUCAGAGUGUACUGACACAAACUCUAAAAUGGCCAUGAUGUCACUAGGCAAUAAGAACUUUUUGGUCCCAUUACAACUCUAUGGGAUCACUCUCACAUCCCAUACAGCAGUAAAUCAUUGACCAAAAUAUUGCUGUGAGGUAUGACUGCAUUAUUAUACAACCUGGUGUUUGCCAAAAAUACUAAAUCUUUAUUUAAUGCUUAUCUGAAUUAUACAGCUGUAUCAAUAUUCAAAUGAAGGACCUAAUCCUAAAGUAAUCUAAGUAAAGAAUAUAUCUAAAAUAACCACUAGAAUUCCACUCACUAUGACUUUAUAAUUUUUAGCUUGUAAGAAAUCUGGAUAGCAAAAUUUUAUCAGUAAAAUUGACAUGGAAAAGAAUCUAAAUAUGCAAACUGAUUUUAUUACAGCAUUUUUAAAAGCUUAACUAAAGGAGUAUGAAUUGUUGGAUGGUCCAACUUUUUUUUUUUCUAGAUCUAGCAAUAAAGGAUUAGAGCAAGAAUCCAGUGUGCUAUGUGAUGUUCAAAGGAACAGAAACUAUCUUUCUCUCAGUUCAUUUGGAACUGAACAUUUCACAAGGUAAGAGUACUAGAGGGUAUUAAGGAAUUAGGGAUAGCUGGAGAUAAAUCUGUAGGUGGUAAAGACAGAAAAUACCCUCAUGAGGUAAGGUUUCUUCACAUGUCAUCCUUAGCAAAUACAAGUUAUUUAUAAAUAAUUCUGCAGUUGAAGAUAUAUAUGGAGUAUGGAUUCAACAACAGUGGAGUUAUUCGUGCCUUGCUUUUAAUCAAACCUGUUUCCAUAAAGGCGUCCCACCGUGAUGGCUCAUGAGUGAAUGUGGGCCCAGUAUGUUAUGUACCAAUUUCCUUUUUUUUAACUCAUCUUUCCUUGCCUCUGUUCUCUCCUGUUAUAAUCUCUCUCCUUGCUCAGAUACCACAGAUCUUACUUAAUUCUGAAAAGGAAUCAGAGCUUGCUUACUAGUCCAGUAAAAUUGACUUAACUCUAAAAUACAAAGCUCCACAACCCAAAUGGUGUCUUUGAACUUAUAUUUGGCAGAGGAAAAGGUGGCCCCAGAGAAAGUAUUCUCAAGAUGGCAGUCUAUACUUCUUUUCUGUUGCUUCUCGCACAUCAGCACUGAGGCCAGAAAAGGUGAAUACAAAAGUUAUCAAAAAGAAAGGCUACCCCUUAGACAAAAGUUCAGACCUUUCUCAUUCCCAUAAUCCACUGCUAAUUUAUGUGUUCUCUACCAUCUCUAUGUAACACCUUCUAAACCAAUCCUUAACUGAUGGCUAAGGAUUCUAACACAGGAAUACCAGAAAAUGAGUAUUUUUGAAAUGCAUACUGAAUCUCCAUGAUUACUAAGCUGUUUUUCCAGGUCUCUUAGAUUCAAAACAUAGUAUGCUCAAGCCUGCCAUCAAACAGUGACACCAUCCUCAUUUCAGAUGACUUCCUCUUUGAAAUUUAAAACAACUCAUGCUAUUCUGAAUUUGGUAAUGCUGCAUUUUUAAAAAGUGUGCUGAAGACUCAGCAUCAAAGGUCAUGGAAAACUAAGGCUGUCUUACACCCAUUAGCCCACUCACUUUUAAAUGCCUAGCAUAGUGUUAAGCACAUACUAGGUGCUCAGUGUUCAUCUAGUUUAAAAAAAGUUAAGGCUAUAGCUUAUAGCCUCAGGGUAUGUGUAUGUGCAUUUAUGAUUACUAACGACUAUAACAUUUAGCUCUGAAAAUUAAAUUCAUUAACAUAGGGUUAUGUAAGCUAAUGCACAAACAUAUUUCAUCCUCAAAAUACAGAAUAUUCAAAUACUAGAUUUUUAAUUUUAUGGCCCCACUAUAAUCACAUAUAUAACAAGUCAGUUAAAAGCGUAACAGAAGGAUGAAAACCUGAUGAACUUCUAUUUUAAAAUGGAUUUUUCACCUAAGCUACAGUUUUUGCUGCCAAAGCUAAGUAUAAAUGUAUUUGUGUAUUUUGGAAAAUAAAUGAUUUGUGACAUGCAUUGGUCAUUUGUGCUCUGACAGGGAUAGACUCUUUGGUUAUCCGACACAUUGAAAUAUUCUUGGACUGUGUUUUAUGCUUAAAUGGUGGGUUACAAAUAUUAUAUGCUAAGCCAUAUCUUUUUCAUCAUUAACCAACAAGUCUUAAAAAUGUGACCUCAAAAAUACUUUUAAAAAAUCACAUACAAGAAUAUGUUGAAACAUACACAUGGUUAAGCUGUUAUCCACACUCUCCUCUGCUGGAAUGAUAAAGGAAUUUUCUGUUUUCAGUUAUUUCACAAGAAAAGAGCUUUAAAGCGCCAGACUGAAUGACUGAAGUCUAUGGCUCCGAAGCAACAGAGAUCUAUUUAGCUGGUCUGCUGUCCAUUUUUUUAAAAAAUUCUCACAAGAAGCAAUGAAAGCAUCUAUCUUAGUCAACUAUUAACAGCAGAAAAUAUUUAUACAGAGACUUCAUUCUUAGAAUAUGGCAAUAGCUGUUAUAUAAAAUAUUGCUUUACAAUUAUAUUCGUAAGUAUAUGUACCUUAACUGUAGGUAUAAAAUAAAAAUUUUAAAAGUACAUAUAUCCUUAAAAUAGAAUUGCAGAGUCUUGGACUUGUCCUGCCCCACCCCUAGCAGUUCUUCCCCCAUCACUUUCCACAGCAAGUAAGAAAAUACACAGAACUUCAAAGAUACUAUAAUCACAUUCAAAAUUUCUUUGAAAGUAGCCAUACAGGCUGGUGGAGUGGCUCAAGUGGUAGAGCGCCUGCCUAGCAUGUGAGGUCCUGAGUUCAAACCCCAGUACUGCCCACAGGCAGGGAAGGGAAUCCAUUCUUUGAAAGUAGCCAUAUAAACAAUCACUGUUUUUUUAAAAGGUCAAAUUAAGUCACUUCUUGAGGUGUAUUAUUUAACAAAAGCCAAUGAACAUGAGUCUAUUUUUUUUUUUUUUUUAAGGAGUACUGGCACUUCAUCUCAGGGCUUAAACCUUGAGCCACUCCACCAGCCCUUGUUGUGUGCCAACGGGGUUUUUUUUGAGAUACGGUCUUGCAAAUUAUUUCCCUGGAAUGGCUUUGAACCGUGAUCCUCCUGAUCGCUGCCUCCUGAGUAGCUAGGAUUACAGGCAUGAGCCACUGGCACCAGCUUCGGGCUAUUUUUCUUUUCUCAAAAAUCUUCAGAAAAUACAUACUUUACUCAAAUUUAGGUUGUUCCUCAUUUCCACCCAUGGUAUUGUAAUAAGAAUUAUAUUUAUUUGGUUUUUAAAGAAUAUUUAGUUGUACAGAGUAGCUAAAUGUUAAAAAGCAUUCUCCAUCUUGAUUUUUCUAUGUUCAGUGCUCUAAUUUAAAUAUAGCAACUACAUUUCACUAAGGUCUAGCCCAAAUGUUUUUGGUGUACGUGUGGUGCUAGUAUUCAAACUCAGAGCCAUGUGCAUGCUUGGCAUAUCUCAACCCAGAAAGAUUUUUUCUUUUGAGUUUUUUGAGACAGAGGCUCACUCUGUAGCCCAGGCUGUCACUGAAUGUCUGAUCCUCUGCCUCCACCUUCCAAGU